AUGCCCGGGCCCGGCUUUUGCAAAGGGAGCGCCGGAACGGAAGACGUGCAAGCUCUGCUGCCGGGGGUGGGGGGCUGCGCCGGUGGGGCAGGAGGGGCCGAAGGAGAGAGCAGCAGCCGGGCCUCCUGCGACCCUCCCCCCGGUUGCAAAAGCAGCAGCAGCUCCGAGCGCCACGAGGGCCGGAGGAGGGGAAGGCGAGGCGGCCAGUAUAGGAAGUACUUCAAAAAUAGAUUACAGCUUCUUAUUCACCAAAGCAUACACAGAGGCAAGAAACCUUCUGAAUGUUCAGAGUGUGAGAAGAGAUUCAGUGACAGUGGCACUCUUAAAUGGCAUAUCAGGACCCACACGAGGGAGAAACCUUUUGAAUGUUUGGAGUGCGGAAAGAUAUUUAGUAGGAGUGGCACUCUUCAACGGCAUCAAAAAAUGCACACAGGCAAAAAACUUUUUGAAUGCUCAGAGUGUGGAAAGAGAUUCAGUCACAGUGGAACUCUUCAGUUGCAUCAGAGAAGUCACGCAGGAGAGAAACCUUUUGAAUGCUCAGAGUGUGGAAAGAGAUUCAGUCACAGUGGCCAUCUUCAAGAGCAUCAAAAAACCCACACAGGAGAAAAAGUGUGUGAAUGUUCAGAGUGUGGAAGGAAAUUCAGUCAGAGUAGCAAUCUUCAACUGCAUCAAAGUACCCACACAGGGGAGAAACCUUUUGAAUGCUCAGAGUGUGGAAAGAGUUUCAGUCACAGUGGCACUCUAAAGCUGCAUCAGAGAACCCACACAGGAGAGAAACCUUUUGAAUGCUCAGAGUGUGGAAAGAGAUUCAUUCGGAGUGGCUAUCUUCAAGAGCAUCAAAGAACCCACACAGGGGAGAAACCUUUUGAAUGUUCAGAGUGUGGAAGGAGAUUCAGUCAGAGUGGCAAUCUUCAACAGCAUCAAAGAACUCACACAGGAGAGAAACCUUUUAAAUGCUCAGAGUGUGGAAAGAGAUUCAGUCACAGUGGCCAUCUUCAAGAGCAUCAAAGAACCCACACAGGGGAGAAACCUUUUGAAUGUUCAGAGUGUGGAAGAAGAUUCAGUCAGAUUGGCAAUCUUCAACAGCAUCAAAGAACUCACACAGGGGAGAAACCUUUUGAAUGCUCACAGUGUGGGAAGAGAUUCAGUCACAGUGGCCAUCUUCAACAGCAUCAAAGAACCCACACAGGGGAAAAACCUUUUGAAUGCUCAGAGUGUGGAAAGAGAUUCAGUCACAGAGGCCAUCUUCAAGAGCAUCAAAGAACCCACACAGGGGAGAAACCUUUUGAAUGCUCACAGUGUGGAAAGAGAUUUAGUCGGAGUGGCACUCUUCACCAGCACUGGAGAACCCACGCAGGGGAGAAACCUUUUGCAUGCUCAGACUGUGGAAAGAGAUUCAGUGAAGGUGGCACUUUUCGAUGGCAUCAGAGAACCCACACAGGGGAGAAACCUUUUGAAUGCUCAGAAUGUGGAAAGAGUUUCAGUCACAGUGGCACUCUUCGAUGGCAUCAGAGAACCCACACAGGAGAGAAACCUUUUGAAUGCUCAGAGUGUGGAAAGAGAUUCAGUCGGAGUGGCCAUCUUCAAGAGCAUCAGAGAACCCACACAGGAGAGAAACCUUUUGAAUGCUCACAGUGUGGAAAGAGAUUCAGUCACAGUAGCCAUCUUCAGUUGCAUCAGAGAACCCAUACAGGAGAGAAACCUUUUGAAUGCUCACAGUGUGGGAAGAGAUUCAGUCGGAGUGGCACUCUUCAACAACAUGAAAGGACCCACACAGGGGAGAAACCUUUUGAAUGCUCACUGUGUGGAAAGAGAUUCAGUCGGAGUGGCCAUCUUCAAUUGCAUCAGAGAACCCACACAGGAGAGAAACCUUUUGAAUGCUCAGAGUGUGGAAAGAGUUUCAGUCACAGUGGCACUCUUCAACAACAUCAAAGGACCCACGGGGAGAAACCUUUUGAAUGCUCACAGUGUGGAAAGAGAUUCAGUCAGAGAGGCCAUCUUCAAUUGCAUCAGAGAACCCACACAUGGGAGAAACCUUUUGAAUGCUCACAGUGUGGAAAGAGAUUCAGUCAGAGAGGCCAUCUUCAAUUGCAUCAGAGAACCCAGAGAACCCACACAGGGGAGAAACCUUUUGAAUGCUCACAGUGUGGAAAGAGAUUC